AUGACUUCACCAAAAAUUCAAAAGGAUAUUGUUAGUGUUUGUGCACAAGAAACUGUGAAAGCUAUAAUUGAUGACUUGGGUGGGGAUUAUUUUGGGAUAUUAGUUGAUGAGUCUAAGGAUAUUUCACACCAUGAACAAAUGGCCCUUGCUUUGCAGUAUGUUGACAAAAAAGGCCAAGUGAAUGAGCCAUUUAUUGGUCUUGUUCGUGUUGGUGAUACAUCUGCAAAGUCAUUGAAGAAAGCAAUGUAUUCUUUACUAUUGAAACACUCAUUAAGUCCAUCCAAAAUACGUGGACAAGGAUAUGAUGGAGCUAGUAAUAUAAAAGGAAAGGUGAAUGGUCUUAAAUCUUUAAUUUUAGAACAAACUCCAUCGUCAUAUUGUAUUCAUUAUUUUGCGCAUCAAUUGCAAUUGACACUUGUAGCUGUGGCUAAAAAACAUAAGGAGGUGGAAAAUUUCUUUGCUAUAAUUGCUAACGUGUUGAAUGUAGUUGGAGAAUCUUUUAAGCGUAGAGAUCAACUUCGUGAUCAUCAAGCAGAAUUAUUGGAGAAAUUACUAGAGAGUGGUUUUGAGGCUGAUGAUAGAUUACAAGCAGAAGCAUUUUUGAGUAAAACCAAUGCAUUUGACUUUGUUUUCUUGCUUCACUUGAUGUUGAAAGUGUUGAUGAUGUUGAACGAGUUGAGUAAAGCUUUGAGAGGUUGCAAGUAA